UGUUUACCACUGGAGGCGCUGGUGGUACAUACGUUCACAGAUUUUAGUGAUUGUGACAUCAUAAUACCCCGUGCGCGUUUGCUGCGCGCGCUGCUUCAGUACCUUGAUUCGACCUUCUCAGGACUGUGGGAUUUGUGGUGCAAGGUUUUCGUUGUCUGGAGAUUUGUAGUUCCAAGGUUUUAAUUGUAUUUUCAUAUAUUUAGAUUUAAUAACAUUAACUUAAUUUCAAUAACUGUCCCAAUCAACUGUCGAUUGUUUUGUAAGCUGAAAGCUACACUGUCAAAAAACCGUACUGCCGUACUUCCCGUACACGUAUUGAUGUACUCUCGUACUGACGUACUCUCGUAUCCACGUAUUGUCGUAAUCACGUACUGUUGUAUUAUCAUACCUAUAACAUCGUACCGACGUAUCUUCAUACACCUGUACUUUCCUGACAAUAAACGACAUCAACUUGUACUGUUGUACGCGUCUUUUUGCAUUGGAGUGACAAAAUCAGUUUACUAAAACAGAUCGACCAUCUAAGAAAUACACCUGGUGUGGGCGCUAAAGGCACUCCAAAUUUGGCGUCUACAUUAGUUUUUUGACAUUUGCAAUACUGCAACAAAGUUUUUGAAAAUAUGGCCGAAUCAAAUGACAACAUCAAUGAACCAGCUGCCGCUGAUGAACUAGUGAACAGAGACAAUGAUAUGUUAGAAAAUAUGUCGGUUACUGGAUUUUCUGAAGCAACUGAAAAUAAUGUAAUUGCUUUGCUGACUAUUCCAACACAAGGUAUAAUUCCUGUUUUGCCUAAUGAAAGUCAAUCAACUUCUAAAGAUUGUCAUAGUGCGUCAAUCAAAGAUCUGUUCCUAAGAGGUCCUGAUGUAGAGUCAGAUUUCCAACCAAGUUCAGAAAAGAACAACCAAGGAGCAUCUGUAGCAUCUGGCCUUGCUGAAGAAGGAUCAACAAAUGCGCAUGCUAUGACAACAAGGUCGAAGAUAAAGACAAAUAAAAGCAAGGCUUCAAAAAUAAAUAGUCAGCAACAUAGAUCAGUAAUGCGAAGUUUGAUAACAUCACGCAGUGGUACAAUUCGGUCGCGAUCUUCAUGCUCAACAAGAAUGUCCAAUUUGAGUGAUUCACAAAUUGAGAAUAUAUUCGAAACAAGAAAGCUGAAUCAACAAAGGCGCACAGAAUUGGAGAAACAACAAUUGCAAAAUCGCCUAGAAAGUGAGAAACAAAUUUGGGAAAAUAACAAUCAAGUUGAAAACUUAAAUUUAGACAAUGAGUGGCAACAGAUUCUACAAAAACAGCAAGCUGAAGAGCGUAAGAGAAAGGCCGAACUGGAAGCUUUUCAACAUCGUCGCCAACAAAUGCUACAACGAAGAAACAUCGAGAUGGAGCAGUUCAACAAGAGGAAGCAGAUGAACCUACAAGAAAUUGAAGACAAAAAUCAACGUGAACAAUUGGAACUGGACACUAAUUUAAAUGAAACUUUAGCAGAAAGAGGCGUUCUUAUAAAUACGCCCCCUGUUGCUGCUAGUGUCGAAAUCAGUCAGCAGCCAUCAAAUUCCUCUAUGAAACAAACAAAAAUAUUAAAUGUGACCAGUCCAAUAAUACCAGCUUUAAGUACACCAUUUUCAACACCUAAUCAAUUACCUGUCUCUAGAAGUUGUGAUGUGCAUUGUGAGGGUCGACCAAGUGAACGUGUGAACACCGCAGAGCAUGGUGAGUCAGUUUCUUAUUCCUCCUCUGAUUUUGGGGUUUGCCGUCCACAAAUGGUCCCGAGUGCAUGUGUGACUGUUGUUGAAUCUGUGUGUGACAUGGCCCAAAUACCGUUAACAUCUGAAAAUUUGUUUGUGAGCUCUUGUAGUGUGGUGAAUUCUGGUUUGACUUCCUGUGUACCUGCAUCAUGUGUAUCUAAGCCAAGUUUAAGGUGUUGUGAAAUUCCAAUGUCAUGUGUGGGUGAUAACAGACAAUUGCAGAGCAAUGCAAUUUACACUGGGGCUGGAACGAACCACAGUGAAAUAUUAACGAAAUUUCCAACUUCAUUCAAUACUAUUCCAUUGCAUACGACUAGUUCGGCUGUUAAUAUGAACCCUACAUUACCAACACUAAUAGAUAAUCCUGGCAGAAUUGAAAAUGCAGAGGUACUGCACUCAGUAAAUAUUGGCUCAAUUCAAAAGCCUAUUGUGGGCAGUCAACCAAGCCCUGCUCGUGCUUUGGUUAAGGGAUGCCAGCACAGAACAGAUAGCUAUGAUGAAGCUAUCCGAUUACUUGAAGAAACUUAUGGUCAGAAAUUUCAAAUUGGCGAAUCCUGCAUUAAUUCCAUAGCAAAUGGUCCUCGACUGAAUUUGAGUAACAAAGAAUCAUUAACUGUGUAUUCAGCAGAAAUCAUGUCAUGCAAAAAUACGUUGAUAGGGGUUGAAUACAAAAAUGUUGCCCUUAUGACCAUAGAAAAAAUAGCUUUAAGAAUGCCGCCUGAAUGGAGAUCUGGGUGGUUAUCAAAGAUGGACAAUGUACUACAAAUAAAGAAAAAAGACCUAACAAUAGAGGAUCUUGCUGAUUACGUCCGUAAGAAAACUAGAGAAGUAUGCAAUGUUCCCUCUAUCGAAUUUAAUACUUCAAAACAAAUUAUUCCACAAGAGGCUCGAGGCCAUACAAAUCCUCAUUUGCAACUACAGUUCAUAAUAAUAGACCUGUACGCAGAUGUGUAA